AUGAGAAAUUUGAUAAGCUUGCGAUAUUUCAAGUGUUACAAAAACAUUCCUGCCAAUAUCGUAGGACUAUUGACUUCUCUUCGAACUUUGCCUUCCUUCACAGUUCUUAGAAAAAAGGGACAUGGUAUAGAAGAGCUACGCCAUUUGAAUAACCUUGUUGGAAGCCUCUAUAUUUCACAUCUAGAGAAUGUUAGUAGCAAAGAGAAGGCUGUUAAGGCACACUUAUCUAGAAAGAAAAAGUUAUGCGAGAUUGAAUUCAAUUGGUGUGUGGACAGUCAAGGCUCCACCAGAGUUGACAAGGAGGUAUUGGAAGGCUUGCAACUCCCUGCAGAUCUCAAAAUAUUGACAAUUACUAGUUUUUCUGGUGAUAAUUUUCCAGAAUGGGUAAUAAAGAUGGCAAUCAAUAUCGAAGGGAAGGAGACGCCCCUUGACAAGCUCGUGUCACUCACAUUAUAUGACUGUAGGAGCUGCCUCUCUCUUCCGAUGCUUGAGCACCUACCACAUCUUCGAGAUCUUGUGUUGUGGAAUAUGGAGGACUUGACAUGCUUAAGGAGUUCCGAUGUUACGGGAUCAACCAAGUCUUUGUCUCCAUCGUUGAGAUCUCUCGGGCUAUAUAAUAUGGAAAGACUGGAAAAGUGGAUAGAUGGAGCACCCAACAGCUCAAAAAUGAUAUCUCCUGUCCUCGAGAAGUUGGUGAUUGAGAAUUGCCCAAACAUUAUUCUCUUAGAUGAAUGCCCUCUCCAUCCUCUUGUUUCCUUAAGUAUAUUUUACUGCACAGGUCUGGCAUCCAUUAAGAGCAUACAAGGCCUCACAUCUCUUAAAUCUUUAGUAAUCGGCACUUGUCCAAGUCUUUCGGUAAUAGCCAAUUUGCCCAACGAGUGUCAUUCUUUGAAGACUUUAUCUAUUAGACAUUGCACCAACCUGACUUCCUUGCCUCAUGAAAUGUUCGACUAUUUUACCUUCUUAAAUGAGUUGGAACUUGGUCCAUUCUCAGAAGAGGUGGAUUCCUUCCCAAGUCUCCAAGGCAUUGAGAAUUUAAGGAACCACCUUCACUCGUUAACAUUGUACGGUGUGGAUCAGUGGGAGUCGAUACCUGAAGAAAUACAACACCUCACCUCACUUACUCAGUUAUACAUAUUUGGAUUCGGAAUACGAGAAGUGCCUAUGUGGUUAACCAACAUGUCAUCAAUCCAACAUUUAAUUUUCUAUAACUGCAAGGGGCUAAAUAAAGAAACAGUUAGACGGGGAGCACCACAGGAAGCAACUGUUGUCAGAUUAAAUGAUGAAGAGUGUUAG